AUGGCUGCAUACGUCGACGAUAUGCUCGUCAAGAGCCGGGAGGAGGAUAAGCACGCGGAGGACUUGGCCGACUGCUUCAAGGUAAUGAUGAAAUACAACCUUCGGCUGAACCCCAAAAAGUGCGCGUUCGCCGUCCAAGGUGGCAAAUUCUUGGGCUACAUGGUCACCAAACGAGGCAUCGAGCCUAAUCCGGAAAAAGUACAGGCCAUCAUCGACAUGCAGCCUCCUACAACCGUCAGGGACUUGCAACGGCUGACUGGCCGAUUGGCCGCCCUUAGCCGCUUCUUGAGCAAAGCGGCGGAUAAGACCGUACCCUUCUUCGAAGCCAUGAAGAAGAAGGAGGGAUUUGCUUGGACAGCCGAAUGCCAACGAUCGUUCGAAGAGUUGAAACAGUACCUCUCAACGCCCCCAGUGCUGUCUACCCCCCAGGUGGGCGAGCCUUUAUUCUUGUACCUCGCUGCCUCAGCCAAAGCAGUGAGUUCGGUAUUGGUCCGAGAGGAUGACCGAGUCCAGCACCCGGUUUAUUACGUAAGUCGCUCGCUGAAGGCCGCCGAGACGCGGUACACCGUUGUGGAGAAGAUUGUGUAUGCGUUGAUAGUUACCGUGCGCAAGCUGGCACCCUAUUUCCAAGCCCAUACCGUUCGAGUUUUGACAGAUCAGCCGCUCGGAAGCGUGCUAAGAAACCCCUUGUCCUCCGGCCGACUUGUAAAGUGGGCCGUAGAGUUGACUCAGUAUGGGAUUGAGUACCAACCUCGGCCUUCCAUUAAGGGUCAGGCCCUAGCCGACUUCCUGGUCGAAUGCACAGCAAGUGAAGAAGAAAAAGAACACGACUCGGAGAGCUGCCCAGGCGAGUGGUGGGAAAUGCACGCGGACGGAGCGUCGAGCCGACAGCACUGUGGGGGCGGUGUCAUGCUCAUCACUCCGGAAGGAUUCCGGCUAUAUUACGCUCUGAGAUAUCGGUUCUCGACAUCAAAUAAUGAGGCCGAGUACGAAGCGGUAUUAAACGGCCUCCGACUCGCCAAGGCCCUGGGAGUCGAGCGGCUGCAAAUCAAGACUGACUCCAGACUGGUAGUCGGACAGAUCUCGGGUACAUGUGAAACUAAGAAUGCAAGGAUGGUGCUAUACAAAGAGCGUGCGGUCGAGAUGUUAAAAGGGUUCGGGGCUUACGAGAUAGAGUACAUACCCCGAACGGACAACACGGAAGCCGACUUAUUGUCCAAAAUCGCCUUGGAAGGGGUACCGGACCAUCUGAUAAAAAUUUGCCAGAAGGAGGAGCUACAUCGGCCGAGUGUUGGAGAGACACCACCGGAAGUCCAGCAAGUAGAUCUCGGGGAAUGGGAUCGAGGGAAAAAUCCCGAAAUGUUCUGGAUAGAGGACAUCCGGCGAUUCUUAGAAAAAGGCGAGUUACCGGAAGACCCGGGAGUCGCCGCGAAAGUUCGGCGGAAAACCCCCUCCUUCCGGAUCAUCGACGGACUGCUAUACAAACAGUCGUUCGGUGGACCCUUACUAAAGUGCUUGCUUAGACCCGAGGCCGAGAAAAUAAUGGACGAAGCUCAUAGAGGCAUUUGUGCCGCGCACCAGGGCGCCCACACGCUCGCCCAGAAGUUAGUCGUUCAAGGGUAUUAUUGGCCGACCAUGAUGCGAGACUGCAUCGAAUGGAUGUCCAGGUGCGGCGUUUGUCAAGCAUUCGCCAGGAAAGACCCGGCCGGCCACCUUUUAUACACCGGUCACCACUGCCAUCCCCUUCGCCAAGUGGGGAAUAGACUUGUUGGGGCCAUUGCCCGUCGCCCCGGGAGGUCUGAAGUUUUGCGUUGUGGCUAUCGACUAUUUCACCAAAUGGGUCGAGGCAGAACCAUUGGCUACCAUCACUGA